AUGUCCACCCAACCACCACAGCAACAACAACCCACCUCCUCAACUCCCCCGUCCGCUUCCUCACCAACUCCCUCCCAACGCACCCAAGAAGCCAAAGCAGCCUUCACCGCCUCCCUCCGCUCCGCCGGCGCAAACUACGACGCCGAGCUCCGCGACCGCGCGCGCACGCUGCACGAGAACGGUGCCGCGCUGGACAAGCAGGAGGCCGAGCUGCGGCGGACGACGGCGGAGCUGGGACGGCAGAAUGAGCAGUGGGCGAAGGUGGCGGAUACGGCGCGCGAGGGGCUCAAGGAGAUCGGGGACGUACAGAAUUGGGCGGAGUUGAUUGAGAGGGAUUUGUUGGUUGUGGAGGAGAUGUUGAGGGAGGUUGAGGCGCUGUUUCUUAUUCACAUCUGA